AUGGAAGAGGAGGAGGAGGAAGAAGAAGAAAUUACUGAGGACAAGCUGCGAGUGAAGCCCCGACCUCUGCCUGUCUCCGCUUGGUCCUCUUUUAGCUAUAUCCCGCCCCGUCGCACGGGCCCCAAGGAGGAAAGCUACUUUUACCAGGAAGGGAAGACAGGAGUGGUUAAUGUAUAUGAUUGCAUCUAUCAAAGGCCUGCGGAUUACAAUCAACAUUUGCAUCGGGAUGAUCGAGAACAUGCCAAAAGUAUAGGGCUCAAGGUUAAUGAAGAGGAAUGGGCAAGACCUGUUGGAGUAUUGACAUCUUCUCUUUAUGGAAGACAUAUAUAUAAGCCUGUAGAAGAACUGAACAGAGAACAUGUGAGGGUUAAUUAUGUGAAGGGCGAGUUCUACCGGAAGAAUGCUAUCACCUGCAUAGAAGCACCUGGUUUUGGACACAUUGCUCCAUCCUAA